UAUUUCUAUUGUUGAUGAAAUUUGUUAUGAUGUGAUAGUGAUAAGUUGCUGUUUGUUUAUAAUUUUCAAAACCGUAUGUGGCUUUUCGCAGUUAAUUUAUGUUCUAAAAAAUUUAAUCUGAUUUUUGUUUUUUAACAGUAGUAAGUAUUUCCAAUCCUACGAAUUCCAUUUCUCUAUUAAACUUUUAUUUACAUAAUAUUUUAUAAGGAUCCAAAAGAAUGAAUUCUACUCUGUUUACCCCUGAUUACAGUCAUCUUACUGGACUCUUGAAACAUUUAAAUGAUGAUGAGCUGAAAGAACUCUUGAAUAGUGAAGAAAAAAUAAAAGCUCUUGUUAGUGACUUGAAGCAAGUCCAUGAUAUUGAAGCAGAAAGAGAAAUGCUUUAUGCAAGCAAUAAAAGUAUAUCAGAAUACAACCUUUCAAAGAAACCUAUUAUUGAAGAUCAUAAGCGACAAUUAGAUGAAACUAGAAAAAUUGCUAUUGAAUUAAAAGACAAACUUUUAGAAAAAAAGAAGAAAAUUGAAAGUUAUCAAGAAAAUACAUCAAAAGAGACAGUUUUAGCUCUGUUGCAAACUGCAACUUUAGAAAAAGAAGAAGAAGCUGAAGCUGCUGUCAGAGCAUUUUUAGAUAAUGAAUUAUCUGUUGAUGAUUUCCUUUUAAAAUAUUUGGAAGUUCGUAAAAUGGCCCACCUUCGAAGGACCAAAGCUGAAAAGAUGGCUAAUUUACUUCAAGAGAAUGGAAGCAGAAUUCCAACACCUCCAGUUCGAUCGCAGAAACUUAGAAAACCACCACCCCCUCCUAUAACUAAUACAGGGAUGCCAUUUGUUCUUCCUUAUCCAAAUCCAGCUGCACAGAAUAACAUGCUGCCACCCAUAAGACCACAACCAGCUGUAUAUAAUAAUGUUCCUCCAGUUCCUUACCCUUCUCCAGGGGCAGCUUAUUUUCCUAAUCAAAUGCGGCCUCCUGUUCAACCUUAUGGUUAUAAUCCAUAUCCUGGUUACCAGUAUCCUCAACCUGCCAGGUUUGGUCAUUAUAAAUAGACAUGUGAAUCCAUGGAGUCAGUCAGUUAUAAAUUUUGCUUUAAAUGCUCAUAUAUUAUGUGUAAUAUAUAUUUUUUUAAUUAAAAGUUUUUGAGGAUUUGGCUUUAAUUCCAUGUAUCCCCUUUUCCUGUUUUAUGAUUUUACUUUAUAAGAUGGUGGUGCUGAAAACUUUAAAAUGGUUAGCUGUGAAUUACUUAAUCUUUAAAAAAUAUUAUUUUCCGAAAUGGGUAUUGCAUUCCAAUUCUCAGUGUAAAGUUUAUUAGUAUUACAUACACAUUUAUGUAAAAUGCAAUCAAAAGUGUCAUAUAAUCACCUCUGUAUAUUAGUAUGUAUGAAAGUGCUCUUAGAUAAAUAUUUUGACUUUUGUAUAAAGAUAAUCAAAAAAUUUCUAAAGUGCUAUUAAUAAUUAAAAAAAAGUAUUUAUUAUAACUAUUUCUGAGUGAAUUAUUUCAUGAAUUUGUGAUAGUCAAAAGAGUGAGAAAUAUUUAUCUAUCCAAAUGCAUUUCCAAAAAAAAUGUGCCAUGUGUUGCUUUCAUGUUUUAUUUUUUGCAGAAUUUUAUGAUAAAAUAUCUGUAUAGAUAUUUAUAUAUAUUUUUUGUACAUAUAAUUAAUUACUGCCAAGAUGUAUUGUAAAAACAUUUUGUGUAUAAUUGAUUUCAUUAUAAGCACUGCAAAUUAUGUAUGUUACAAUUAAAUCUAUUAUGAUUUAUUAAAAUGAAAAAUAUGUAGCAUUUAACAAAAGAAAAAAAAUUGUGAACAUAAUAUUCACAUGUUUAUGCAUUCAUAUCUAAGUCAGAAAUUAUUUUUUACAUUUUUUAGUGUAGUUUUAGAGGUUAUGGGUGAACUACUGAAGUAUCAAAUAUCAUUUUUCUAGCAAUAUUUUCACUAUAUAGCUCCUGAUUUAUCAUGUUAUAAAGCAGUGUAAACUUUUAAACUUGAACCAUGCUUUUAAGUGCAUGUAUUGUACAUGCAGUAUUCUUCUUAUGCUUACAAUGUAGUUCGUAGUAAUUUUUCUAUUAUGAGAUGAUUUUGAGAAACAAUCGUUUCUACUGUUGAAUGUUCUAUUGGUAAAUCAUGUUCUCUCAAUGUUAUAUAUCUCUUUAAUGGUGUUACAUCAGAGUUCCUCAUAGAGUAUAUGUGGUUAACAAAAUUUUUUGAUUGAUGUAAGGCUUCUAUUUUGAAAUGUAUACUUUUUUGUAAUUUAAAUGAAAGUUUAGUAUUAGAUACACAUUUAUGAGUAUUUAUACACUUCAAUGUACAAUAUAUUAUGCAACAUUUUUAGCAUACUAAGUAUGUAUUAAUUCUGAGGAAGUAUGUUAUACCUCUGUGCCUUACUGUAACAAUUUUUUUUUUUUUUUUUUUUUUACUUUCGGAUUAAUAAAGAACUGGUUCUUAC